AUGGAUCCCCAUUGCCGCGGGCGGGGCGGGCUUGGACCCGCAUCCCUGGCCCAGCGCGCCAGCCUGAUGGCCAGCAGGGUGCCCUGCCCGGCCGCUGUCAGGCUCGCCGGGCGGCAGGCGGCGGGAUGCGAUGUCCGGUGCGGGGCCAGCCUGCCGGCGUCACACGAGGAGAGCAGCAGGCGGGUGCUGGAGGUGCUGCGCGCGGACGCGGACGUCAAUCGUUACCUCACCCAGAAGCGCAGCAGCAUCGUGGCACUGGGCCUCACCAUCCACAACACCCCCGUGGACGUGCGCGAGAAGCUGGCCGUACCCGAGGCGGAGUGGCCGCGCGCCAUCGAGGAGCUCUGCGCCUUCCCCCACAUCGAGGAGGCCGGCAUACUGUCCACCUGCAACCGGAUGGAGGUCUACGUCGUGGCCCUGUCUUGGCACCGCGGGGUGCGGGAGGUGGAAGAGUGGAUGUCUCGCGUUAGCGGUAUCCCCGUCGAGGAGCUGCGCCCCUCGUUGUUCCUGCUGAGGGACAGGGACGCCACGAACCACCUGCUGAACGUGGCAGGGGGGCUGGAUUCCCUGGUGAUGGGAGAGGGGCAGAUUCUGGCCCAGGUGAAGCAGGUGUACAAGGUGGGCCAGAACUGCAAGGGUUUUGGGCGGCACCUGAAGGGGCUGUUCAUGGCGGCGAUCACGUCGGGCAAGCGGGUGCGCAGCGAGACGACCAUCUGCUCGGGGGCAGUGUCCGUGAGCUCCGCUGCAGCGGAGCUGGCACAGCUGAAACUGCCCACGCACAACUUUGAUGACGCCGCAGUGUGCAUCAUUGGGGCAGGGAAGAUGGCCGCCCUGCUGGUGAAGCACCUGUACUCGAAGGGGUGCAAGAGGAUGACGAUUCUGAACAGGAGCAUGCCCAGGGCGGAGGCCUUGGCUGAAGAGUUCGGAGAAGUGGAAUUCGAGAUCCACCUCAUGGACGACCUGAUGGCGUGUGUGGAGGCCUCGGACGUGAUCUUUGCUGCCUCCAGCUCACAGGAGAUUCUCAUCCGAUCGGAGGACGUGGUGGGGAUGCCCCCUCGGGAUCCAGUGGUCGGGGGCGUGCGGCGCUUUGUGGACAUAUCCGUCCCCAGAAACAUUGAUAUCAAGGGGCAGGACGGUGCAGUUGCGUACAAUGUGGAUGACCUUGCAGAGGUGGUUGCAGCAAACAAGGAGGAACGGCGCAAGGCAGCCGCAGAGGCGGAAGUGCUGCUGAAGGAGGAGCAGGAGGCAUUUGAGGCAUGGCGGGACUCCCUCGAAACUGUGCCAACCAUCAAGGCCCUGCGCGGCAUGGCUGAGGCCAUACGCUCCGCUGAGAUGGAGAAAGCUCUCAAGAAGCUGGGCGGGGACGACAUGACCAAGAAGGAGAAGAAGGUGCUGGAGGACUUGAGCCGGGGAAUCGUGAACAAGCUGCUGCAUGGGCCGAUGACUGCUCUGAGGUGUGAUGGGACUGACCUAAAAGCCGUUGGCGUCACUCUGGCGAACAUGGAGGCGCUGGAGAGGAUGUUUGGGCUAUCCACCAGUGACAUCCCUGAAGCCUCGUCCAGAUGA